UGUAUAGGACAGAUUAAAGGUCGACCCCUCCCAGACUCCCACACACUACAGGACUAUGGCCUCCAGCAGCGGGCCAGGGCACAGCGCCUUCGGACUGGGCAGGAAGAAGAAGAGUCCCGGCCUCAUGGAUCAGAUCAGUAAAAUAUUCGCUGGGGACAAGAAGAAGCGCAGUAAGGGCUCUUUCCGGGGCCACACUGCUUCACCUCAGCAGUCCUCCACUCGACGCAAACAAAAUGAAAACGCUGUGCUAAAGUUCUUCAGGAGCCUUGUCGCCACUUCUCCUCGUCCUAAAUCCAGGUGGAGAGACGUCUUGGGUUUGGCAUCAUCGACAAAAGCCGAAGGAGCAAAGUCCCCAGUUCGACGACGCAAAGAGCAGGGCACACUGUCCAGACUCCUCAGCCUGGGAGACACCAAAUCCCGCCCUCCCCCCAAACGCUGGAGCACCAUCUUCUGAGCACCCAUCCCCGGACCCCACCCAAACGGGACAAGAAGAGACCACGGAGGAAGGACCUAAAGAUGGCCAAGCGGACUCACAACCUCAGCCAAUGCUAACUAAUAACUAACAUCAAAACAACACGGAGGCCUACGCAAAGUGAAUUGAAUAGAAUGGGGUCGAUUACAAACCAAGCAGGCUGUAAACAAC